GGGAAAUGUAGUUUGAAGACUCCGCCCACCUCGCCAUUCCUGUAAUGGCUGCUUCCUGGAAGGCGGUGUCACGUGGAACCUCUUAGCCUCUGCAUCCAGAGCUCCAAGAAGGGAAUAUUUCAAAUAAGAUAGGAUUUUAUAUAAAUAUAUAUACACCAUUUCUCGGAACCUUCAGCCCUCAAGAUCCCAACACCAUGACCUCAGUUUCAACACAAUUGGUCUUAGUGCUUCUUUCACUGCUUUUGGUGCUGCCUGUUGUGGAAGCUGUGGAAGCUGGAGAUGCCAUCGCGCUCUUGCUAGGUGUGGUCCUCAGCAUCACAGGCAUUUGUGCUUGCUUAGGUGUAUAUGCACGAAAGAGAAAUGGACAGAUAUGACUUUGAAGGGCCUUCACAAUCAAGCUUCACCCUGAAAAACCUUUGUGUAGUUGAGGCUAAACCUGAGCAUUGAUGUCUGAGUUUCCCCAAAUGGUAUAGGGUACUUUCACAUUCUUAGCUGUUUCUCAUAAAAUGGGAACAAAUUGAUGUCUUAGUAGGGGGAAAAAUGAUUUUUUUACAACAAAUAAUGCACUUAAAAAUGCAGCCUAUAAUUUGUGUUUGCUGGUUAGAAAGGUCAAAGUAAGAUGGCUAGCGUUUACAUAAGUAAUAUUUCAUAGUGUUACUAUUGUCAAGCACAUGAAAUGAGGAAGUUCUUGUCCAGAAUCCAGGGAAGUCGCCGACUGUUCAGUUACAAUCACUGCCUCCUGACUCAAUAAGAAGUCUUCAUAUUUUUAUUGGAUUUUUGUUUUAUCUCUCGAGUCAAUAUUGUUCUUAGGUGUCAACUAGCUAAAAAUUUAAACUUUUAUCUCUGUAGGACAAAAGUUUUGAAAAUGUAUUCAAUGUAUCCAAUAUGAAAAUGGAGAAGAGAUUUAAUUUUAAAAAAAACUUUAUAUUAACAUUGAAAUGGAAAAAGAUUUAAUGUAAACAAAAAUUUUAUAUUAAUUAAUUAGGUCACAUUCUCAUGGUGAGAAGUACUAUAUUAAAUACAAACCCAUUAUGUUGUAA